AUGGCCCGAUCGACUCGUAUUGAUCCUCUUGAAGAGCAUUUUCCAUUCGAAAUUAUCUCGCAUUUGAUAACUGUGCCUCCAUUUCGCGAAUACCCACACGCAAUAAUCGAUGAGAAAAAAGGGGUUUAUCUCGCAGUAAAACAAUAUAUACCUCGCCAAGACGUGGAAUACUCUUCGAGCAAUGCAGACCCGAUCACAAUAAUCGCAAGUGCCGGACUAGGAUUUAUCAAAGAGAUCUACGAACCCCUAUUCGCCGAAAUCUAUGAUCGCGCAAGAAAAGCAAAACUGCGUAUCAAGUCCAUUUGGAUAGCAGAUAUGUACAAUCUGGGAGAGAGCGCGAUCGCAAACCUGGAUAAUUUGGGCUGCGACGGAACCUGGCUUGACCACUCCCGCGAUCUAUGGAGCAUGAUCAGUCACUUUCGCGACGAGAUGCCGAAACCAAUUUUCGGAAUAGGCCAUUCAGUGGGCGCUGCCCAGCUAGCGUGCUUAUCUUCUUGGCAUCCGACGCUGUUCCAUUCUCUUGUGUUUGUCGAGCCGGGCCUUGAUGCAAGUUAUGGGAAGCAUAUCAUGUUCUCGGUGAUAUUUCGAACGUUGCAGCGGAAGGAUUCGUGGGCGACGAGGGACGAGGCGGAGAUAAAAGCUGCGAAGGCUCAGGGGGCAGAGACCUGGGCUGAUGGCGCGAGAGAAAGAUUGAAGCGAUAUGGUGUUUUUCAGCAUCAUGCGUCCUGGGGAUCUGAUUGGGCGUUGACAACGCCGAAAAAUCAGAUCGCGUCUCUGGUUCUCAGGCAUAACCCGGGAGAAAUUGGAAUGGGACCGGGCGGUCUUGAUGAAGUGACGUUGGAACAGCGUGCGCUCGUGCCUGACAGCGAUCCUGAUAGUAUUCACAAAGGGCCAUUCUAUAGACCGGAGCUCGAAUUUGGAUGGAGCCUCUUACCUGGAAUGAGACCCUGGGUGCUCUAUGUGAAUGGAGGAAACUCUCAUGAUCUUGGACCUGCUAAGGUUCGAGAUGAGAGAGCUCGCAUCACGGGAACUGGCGUAGGUGGGAAUGGUGGAAUGAAGGUUGGCGCUGUUAAACAGGUUGUGAUUGAAAGAGGAGAACAUACUUUGCCGUUUGGCCAUGAUUUAAGCAAGCUUGCAGAUCAUUUAGGUGAUUGGUUUGUGAAGGAGAGUCAGCGCUGGGAGGAUGGGCCAAGGAAACGUCGAGCUGAAUGGAACAACAAAACCCUAGAGGAGAAACAGGCUGUCACGAAGGGGUACAUUGCAGAUUUAGCCUCGGAAAUAGCAAAGCAAAAGAGGGCUGGGAAAUUAUAG